AUUACUACCGUAUGUCAUGAAGGUACGUACUCGUAAAACGCUUGCUUCAUAAAGUGGUUCUUACGAAGUAGAAAACUACAAUAAGGUUGGAGUUUUACGCAAUUACUUCUUACUAAAAAGCACACUUCCGCCCACGGUACGAUUUUCUGUUUCUUGCGCGGAUUGUCGUCCCAACAACAAAACGCCCAAUUUGAAGGAACGGCACACGCAACACCUACAAGGAGCACUCUUGAAUAGAUAAUAAUUGCACCAUGGCGCCUGUAAACUCUGUUCAAGUAUUCGGAAAGUAAGUCUCUUUUGGAUAAAUUCAGUGGUUUCAAACACCAUGUGGAUGAACAAUGGACGUGACGGGGUUGAAGGCUGGGAAGAAUGGCUUCGGAGGAUCGAUUGGUGGAAUGUUGAAUUGGCGCUUUUGGCAACUGUGAUUGUGCCAUGUCACCUUCGGAUGGACGAACGACAACAAUCAUGAGUUAGCCAUGACAAUCAUCUUUCUGAACGUUUCCACCCCAAAACUAUGUGUUUUGGACCAUUUGAUUUUGAAGGAUGUCGUCUGAUGCUGUUGUGAUUUUUCGUCUCUUGCUACUUUUCUUUCUAGGAAAAAGACGGCUACCGCCGUGGCUUUUGCCAAACAGGGACGGGGUCUCAUCAAGGUUAAUGGUCAACCUAUCGAGAACAUCCAACCCCAAAUUAUUGCAAUGAAGGCUUUCGAACCUGUUCUUAUCAUCGGACAAGACAAGUUCUCGAACCUCGAUAUUCGCAUCAGAGUGAAGGGUGGAGGUAUCACUGCUCAGAUCUACGCCAUCCGAGCGGCCAUUGCCAAGUCCAUCGUUGCAUACCACGCCAAGUAUGUUGACGAAUCCUCAAAGAACGAACUGAGAAAGACAAUCCUUGAUUACGAUAGAAGUUUGCUCGUCAGUGAUCCUCGUCGUUGUGAGCCUAAGAAGUACGGUGGACGCAGUGCCCGUGCCCGAUUCCAAAAAUCAUACCGUUAAACUGAUAAUGCUUAAUAUAAACACCCCUCCUUUUCUUCGUUGAAACUCAAUUGACCGAGAACGACGUUUGAUAUCAUCCCGACAUUCACGGCCACUUGGUGCGUUCUCUAAGGAAAAUUUGUACCGGAAUUUAAUCACCUUGGCAGUGUUGUUGGUGCGCGUGACAACUCCCCGCAGUUCCAGCACGGUCUCCAUCCACACAACGAUAGAGGUGGUCUAGGGAUGAAUAGACGCGACAGUUGAGUCGGCCAAUCCUUCUUUUGAUACUCUAGAUAGUACCGAGCUCAACGUAUCCGAUACCAUGGCAACGGCUGCAGGCGUCAAGACUCUAUUGCAUGUUGCAUUCAUUACACUUAGUCAACUUGUCUAGUCUGGUCUUCCAUGCAUCCACCCAGGUAUUUCACUUUUUCUUCUUACAGUGCGUGACGAUGUGUUGAACCCAAAGCUUGGGAAAAGGGAUCAACAAUGGGUUGUACUCAGGUGGGGGGGGGGGGGGGGGGGAUAGGGAGCAUCUCCCGUGUAAACUUGGUUUUUGUCGCAUUGCCUUCGUUGAUUCAACUAAAAAAUAAGGGAACGAAUCAUUUUCACAUGGUGCACUACAAUGUCCACCACUUGAUAUUCACAAAGAGAUAUUGAAUGGUUGACAAUGAUGACAGUGUUAUCACAUUAUUUAAGAAUUAUCGGGACUUGAACUCUGGAAUACUAUUGUAUUCUGCACAACAUAAUCUAACUGUCAACAAAAGUGGUAGGAGGUAUCCAUUUUAUUCAUCAAAAAUCGAAACAUUUGAUUUGAUGGUUGCGUAUUAUUGCAACUUACAUCGUGUGUAAGACGUGUGCCAACGGGGGAUUGGAUGAAUCACUUGCCUACCGUUGAAAAAAGUGUAGAUUCUGGAUCUCGUCGCAGUGACCGCUGCAACUUCGGUAAAACCGUCGUAGCAAGAUGUAUUCUUGCACUGACUCCUGAAUUACGCUUUAGAAGUCAGCAUCGAAAUUUAAGUUCCCACGUGUUCCCGCAGUAGUCUGGUCGAGGUUGGCCAUGACACCGCUUUUUUGAUAUUCUCCUACUCUCUUUUCGAAGAAGUUCGUCUUGCCCUCCAAACUUAUCAUGUCCAUCCCUAUGUACACCAAAAAAUGAUAGUAGCAAGAUAUGAGAAAAUGACCUUACAAAAAAACAGCGAACACUAGUACCAGAACAAACAAAACUUCAGAUCGUGGGAACGACGGAAAAAACUCACAAUCAAAGGGGUUCUUGCUUCCAAACAUGGGCCUAUAUCCCAAAUCUCCUAGGAGUCGAUCGGCAACAAACUCAAUAUACUGAGCCAUGAGGGAUUUGUUCAUCCCAAUCAAACUGACAGGAAGGGCAUCGCAAACAAACUCUUUUUCCACUUCCACUGCUUCUCCAAUGAGCUGAUGGAUAUCUUUCUCACUCAGCCUUCGUUCUAGCUUCGAGUAAAGCUGGCAAGCAAAAGAACAAUGAAGUCCUUCGUCUCGACUAAUUAGCUCGUUCGAAAAGGUUAAACCGGGCAUAAGGCCUCUCUUUUUCAGCCAGUAAAUGGAACAGAAUGCACCAGAAAAAAAGAUUCCCUCGACAGCAGCGAAGGCCACGAGCCGUUCAGCGAAGGAAGCGUCGGAUCCGAUGUACCGUUGGGCCCAUUUUGCCUUCUUUUCAACGCUUGGUACGCGAGUAUGCGCCGAAAAUAGGAGCUCUCUAUCUUUUGGGUUUGUAAUGUAUGUAUCAAUCAACAAACAGUAAGUUUCUUGAUGGAUGCUUUCCAUGGCCAUUUGAAAUCCAUAGAAGCAUCGUGCCUCGGGCACUGUAACAUCUCGACAGAAUCUUUCGGCCAAGUUUUCAACGACAAUCCCAUCAGCCCCCGCGAAGAAUGCCAGGACCAUGCUGAUGAAAUGCUUCUCGUUUUUCGUGAGGUUUUCUUGCCAGUCUGUCAAGUCUGCCGACAAAUCAAUUUCAUCGGCCGUCCAAAAGGAAGCUACAUGCUGUUUGUACAUGCUCCAUAGAUCUGGGUGUUCGAUGGGAAACAACGAAAAACGCGUUCCAUCAUCAUCCUGACGACAAAUUGGUUCUACAAAUCCGUCGGCAUAGGACAUGCUUUUUCUGGACCACGUAGAGGCGGCCUCGGCGGCGGCGGCAUUGAGAGCUAUAUUGUGCACCUUUUUAUUUUUUAAGGAAAUAUUCUCUGAUAUUUGUCCCUUUUCCGUUUUCAAACUUCCGCCCCUCAACGGUUGUAUAUCGUUAUUGUUAUUUGUAUCCCCUCCUCUAAUAUUCUUACUCAAAACAUUAUGCAACUUAAAAGAGUUUGCAUUCCUUCGAUCACGGCGAAAUCCGUAUUUUUCUUCAAGUCGGCUGCGAGAGGAUGGAUGAAAUGAGACACUCUUUUUGCUUGAAGCAGAGCUCGACUUUCCGCCCCAAGUAUGAGAUGAGUAGGAGACAUCCACCAAAAGUAGGACAAGAAGCAAUUGCAGCAUAUUCAAUGAUUGUAUACAAAAUGACAUAGUUCCCUUCGCCUAAUGAUUCCUUGCGUUUGGUAAGGGGAUACAAAGGUGCAAUCGGUUCAAACCAGCAAGUGGUGUGCUACAAUUGUCGCUGGUGUGUGUGAAUGUUGUGCCGAUGCUUCGAAAAACGAAGUAAAUCGUUUGCAUGCGAGCGAUAGAAUAAGAUGCGUUAUGAAGGCGCUGAUGGAGGUGCUGAUGGGUUUGAUACCAAGAAGGUUCUGCGGCCCUCGCAUUCUGUUGGCCACUGAUUGAUGUUCAAAGAACCGUUAGUUAACUCAGCUGUGAUGUGCUGUCAGUUUGACAGUAUUUCGGUCUUUUAGGGUAAUCGGGUGGUCGACGCCCCCUCUGUGGCAAGAAAGAGCUCUAAAACAAUGUGCGCUGCGCGUGCUAUAUCUGAGCUGGCGCGUGCAAUGGGGGGGAAAUUCCCUCAAAUGAGAUCAUGUCGAAACAAACAGACAUAAUUGUACCUCUGUGCACGGAACGUACUUAACGUACCGUAAAUACGUAAUCUUUUGUGUAAAUCGGUUCGUCCUGUAAGAGUACGUACGUACUUACCCGUAUGGCGAGUACGUUCGUAUUCGUAAGACUGCACUACCUACGUACCGUACCGAACUACGGGAUUGCCGUACAGUACAUUUCACCCGCUGAAAGUGUUAUGAGUCAUGAUUCAUGAUGCAUUUUUGAUUUUUGCUACCGCAACGAACAACGGUACGUAAAAUGGUACAGUACCGUAGGUACGUAGGGAUGUUUGUAUCUUCUCGAAUUUUCCUGGGUUAUGUGUCGGAUGUCAUCGUAUGGUACGUACGGCAUGAACAUACCUACGGUAUUUUCCUCAUGAUUUUCGUUUCUUCCGUUCCCCUUUCCAACUACGGUGCUACUUCGAGUACGUGCGCGUCGUAGAAGUACUCCUCGUACAACCCUGCCUCUCUGUGACACAGCUUUGUUAUUGUUGCUUCUUGUUGUUGUUGUUGAUUUAGACAUUCCAUUCAAAGCACUAAUAGGAAGGGCGAUUAGUAAAUCCAUUGGCUAAGU